AUGGCAGGUCACAAGUGGAUGCCACAAGCUGGCAACAAUUGCCAUGUGGUGUUCGCUUUGUUCAAUGUAGUGCUCUGCUGCCGCAUAUUGCAGCAUUCGGAGGCUGCAAUGCACUGGGUGCAGCUGGUGCAGCUGCUCGUCUUCCUUGCGGCCGGCUUGGGGCUCUCAAAGCUCGCCUCAGCCUCCUUUGUUCCGGUGGACAUCGUGUACAGCGCUUUUGCUUUUCUAGCUAUCUCGUAUUGCGAUUAUGCUCGCAGCAACCCGGGCACUGUACCAAACGACACCUUACUCCUUGCGCAGUUGAUGCUCAUCAGCUCAGGGACCCGGGCAUCUGUGUUGAUGGCAUGGACAGCAGGGGUAUCCGCUUCACUACAUGGCAGAGCACUUUUACACCUGGAGUCUUUUUUAUUAUUGUGGUGCGGCUUUGGUAUGCAUAUUCUUUCUGGUCAAGCGAAGAAGCCACAGCCCUUGACCGACGGUGAGCAUAAUCGCCUACAAUUCAAGAAGUGUCUACAGCUUGUCCUGCAGCAAAUCCGUGUUCCUCUGCAGCUUGCCCAGUCUGACCUUGACUGUAGCAAUGCAACCGAGCGUGUGAGAGCACGACUCCAACAGAUUUGGGAGCUCCUCUCGGGCUUGGAUGGCCAUUGCUCCAAACAACUGGAAAGUGCCAUUGCAAAGGAAUUGGGCUUGGACUCCGAUGGUCUCAGCCCACCUGGCCAACCCCAGAAGGUGCUUGGGUCGUGGUCGGAGCUGGAUCGGGAGAUUGCAAGACAUGAACACCGCCACCGGGAAGGGUCUCCAGAAUCUUCGACGACUUUCGGCUCAGGGAGCUCCAACGAGGGUCGUUGGGAGAGCCUACCGGAAUACGUCUCCCUGCAGCUCACGGUUGACUUGGAAGGAGAGUCCAUGCCAGUGACCGAGGUGAAGCUAUGCUUGGGUCAGCAACUUCAACUGUCACACUUCCUUCCAUCAGAGAGUGACUGGCAGGAGUUUCGAAACUGGUUGGAGCCGGAAGUCAACCGUGCCAUCCACAUGGACGGCUACUUGCCAGACAGCACGGCCAUCCCCUUGAUUCUGCCCACUUUGUUGGAUGGGCAUCGCCUCAAUGCUGGCGCGGGCGUUUGUGAGGGUUGUGGCAAGAAGGAAGGGACUCUUGUUGCACGGCCAGCGCAGUGCUAG